AUGGGUCUCAAAGGUAAGUUGAUUGGUUCAAUAGAGGUAAAAUGUGGAGGACAUUUGAUUCAUGAUAUUAUUCAUACCAAUCCUCAUCAUAUACCCAACAUAGCUCCCAAUGUGCUCAAUCAUUUUGAGAUUCAUGAAGGUGAAACUAUAAAGGUUGGUUCGAUUGUUAGCUGGAAAUUUAACCAAGGUGGAAAUGAAAUACUUUUUAAAGAUGUGGUUGAAUCUGUCGACCUUGAAAAGAAAUCGAUCACUUGGAAAGUAAUUGGAGGAAAUAUGUUAGAGUUGUAUAAUUCUUUCACUAUUAUCACAUCCAGUGAACACCAGUGGACGACAAUCACACUUCUAUACGAGAAGAAAACUGAAGAUACCCCAGAGCCCCUCACUCACUUGGGUGUUCUCCUUAAUGGCCUCAAAGAUAUUGAAAGCCACCUUCUCAAGAAAUAG